AUGCCUCAAAUGCGACUGAGAGGAGGAUCACAUACAUUGGUUCAAACUAAAAGUCAUACGAUAGGAGAGGACAUCCUCGGCGAUGGAGGAAUCAUCAAAAGAAAGAUCCGAAAUUCGACUUCGGACGCAUCUCCCAAGACGGACGACUUCGUUUACAUCCACUACCGUUGCUACAAUGCGAGCUCAACAGUCCCUUUCGAUGACUCUCGAACUAACGACGAGAGGAACAACGAGCCGUUCGGGUUUCUUCUGGGCAGGGGAGACGUCAUGAAGGCAUGGGAGAUCGCCGUGUCGACCAUGAAGGCGGGCGAGGUUUCACUCUUCUUCAUUCGGAAUGAGUACACGUUUGCUGCCGACGGGAGCCGGUUGAAAGGAUUGUUCUCUCUCGCAUCUCCCAACCAUGCUAAGGCUGUCCCGCACGACGCAGACAUCCUCUGUGAGAUCGAGCUGGUGGAGUUCGGAAGGGGAAGGUCCUGCACCAAGGACAGGAAGGUGCGCUUGUUCGAGCUCGCAGAUCGUGCUCCGCUGCCGACGUUCGACCGCCCUAAGUUCCAGUACAUCGACGAGGUUGAGCUGAAGUUGUCUGUGAGUGUUGCAGGCGAGAAGCUCAUCGAGCAUGAGGAAGUCCCUGCUCGGUAUCCGUUCGGCAGGGGAGUCUUGCCUCCCGGCCUCGAGCUGGUCAUCAACGAGUAUCUGUUCCCCAACGUAACCACAAGGUUGCACCUCGUUGAUGAGUGGGGCCUCAACUGCUCGCUCUUCCGAAACAUGUCCUCGACGAGGAGAGACCUGAUGCCGACAGCGGACAUGUCGGACACGAGCUCGGCGGUUGUCAUGGACGUCAACGUUACGCUGGUGGACUGGAACACAAGAUAUCCAGUCGAUGAUCUCCCCUCAGGAUGGAUCAAGUGCGUAGGGUUGCAGGCUCGGAUGUGGUCCGCGGCGUCACUGGAGGAGGCACAGUGGAGGUGGGACAGUCACUGGACAGGACAGCUCUACGAUGAGAUUAUAGAUGAUGGGACUGAGACGAUACUGUCUUUCCGGAUGCGAGCGAUCAAGAAUUCGAGCCACGUAAUCCUCUACCAGAGGAAAUUUGUCGAGUGCGAGAUCGGGGACGGGAGGCUGCCUGCUGCGGUCGAGAUGUCGCUGCCGAGGUUGAAGGUCGGGCAGAGAGGAACGAUCUCCUUCUCCAAGGCUUCGGGUUUGUACCGCUGCAGGGACGCGGAGGAGGAGCUGGAGAGUUUGCUCGAGACUGCGUCGGACAUGGCAAUGAUCGAGUUCGACGUGAUCGUACAUGCUGCGGUCAAGAGCAUGGCAGCUUCCAACCUCACCAAGAAGCUCCUCAUGGCCAAUGAGAGAAAGCUCAUCGGCAACAGAUUCUUCAAACUGGGCCUGACGUUUGCGGCGGAGAACAAGUACAACGCUGCCAUGCUUCACUUGAACUUUGAGGAGCUCGAGAACUCCGAUGAAAUCCUCGACGCCACCACAUACGAAGUGUCAGCGAUAGAAGACGCAGAAAAGAAAGAACUAAUGGAGGCUCAGGGGAAUGUCUACUUGAAUCUUGCAGCAUGCCAACGCCGUCUAGGCAAUCCAAAUCUCGCCGUCAAGUUCUGCGAUCUCACGCUCGACAUUUCUCCUCGCCUCUCGCAGCAGCUCCGCUGCAAGGCGAACAGAUGGAAGGCGCUCGCCCUCCUAGAGGACGACAAGUAUGAGCUGGCCAAAAAGGCGGCCGAAAAGGCGGCCGAGAUUGACCCCGACAACGAGGAGGUGCUCAGUAUGCAGCGAAGGGUCGUAGCACAUCACAACGAGCUGAUGAAGAGGUGA